AUGGUUAUGCGAGCAUUGGUAGUGGGCGGUACAAGUGGCAUCGGCUUUGCGAUGGCCUGUCGCGUCGCUGCCGAGGCCAGCUCCGCAGCCGUCACCAUUGCAGGGCGCACAAAACCUCAAAACAUCCCCUACUCAAACAUCGAUUUUCGGCCCCUCGACGCGUCAUUGAUGUGCCAGAUAAAUCAGUUCGCAGACGCUUACAGGUCCGACAUCUUACAGUUGCUAAAUCAGAAACUGGACCUCCUGAUCAUGACGCAGGGCGUGAUGACCACGGCAGGCAGGACUGAGACUCCAGAGGGUGUCGAUAGAAAGAUGGCAAUCCACUACUACGGAAAACAGUUACUAAUACGCGAAUUGCUGCCUGUGAUGCAGGACCACGACAAGAUCAUUAUCGUGUUUGAUGCCUGGCUAGGCAGCCCGGACAAGCUCCACUGGGACGACCUGGACCUCAAAUCGCGCUAUAGCUUAGGCAAUGCAGCUGCACACUGUCAGAGCAUGAACGACGCCAUGGUUCAGUGGUUUGCGGCGCAGCAGCGACAACAGCAGGCAGAUGGGGUCUCGGGAGCCAGGAGACACUUCGUACAUGCGUAUCCGGGAGGUGUCAGCUCUGGAUUGUGGAGAGAGCUUCCUUGGUAUCUACGAGCAGUCGGACGGGUUUCGAUGGGCUUACUCGGCGUGUCACCGGCUACGUGUGCCAAUUAUCUGCUCGAAGGAGUAGCAGAGAAUGCACCGCCCAGAGAAAAAGAGGAGCUGUAUUGGAGUAACAUCGAUAGCAAGGGUCGUAUCAUCAUGAAGAAGGCUAUCUGGAAUGAUGAGCAAUUAAAAAAGAUAGCGGAUCAUACGUGGGGGCUCAUUGAUGCUGCUUCGGCUGUUAGGCCAUCAUCUAAAUGUGUAAAUCUACUGGUUGAAGAGAUGCACGCAGCAUUUGCAUCUAUUGCGUGA